CCACGUUUCUCUCUCUAAAUACCAGUAUUUAGGGCCUUUGUGUUCCUCGUAGUGUUUUUUUCCUUAACAUCUUCAUCUUUCAGGUUACAACUUUUUAGUUCCAUGGCUUCCCUUCUUUUCCUCUCUUUCACCACCUUUUUCUCUCCAACUUCAAUUCCUUUUCUAUAAAGCUUUUAACUUCUCUUUAAGUCAUACUUUGUAUUUGAAUCUUUUUAGUGUGUGUUUUUUUUCUGAAAGGUGUCCUGGACCCUUGUAAUUGAGGCUGUUUGGUUUGUACCUAUUUAAGUCCCAUAUGUUACAAGGGGUUUGGUUAUUGAAACUGAGGCUUAAUUUGGAUAUCACAGCUUAGCUUGUUCUGAAACUGAGGUUUCAGAUAACAAAGCAAAUAGGGUUUUAGCUUCUUAGGAAAUGGAAAACUUUUCUGGGGUUUGUAAGGAAGAGGAACAGAUGGAUUUGCCACCCGGGUUUCGAUUCCAUCCAACUGAUGAAGAGCUUAUUAGUCAUUACUUGUACAAGAAAGUUAUUGAAACUAGCUUCUCUGCUAGAGCUAUUGGAGAGGUGGAUUUGAACAAGUCUGAGCCUUGGGAAUUGCCAUGGAAAGCGAAAAUGGGAGAGAGAGAGUGGUACUUUUUCUGUGUGAGGGACAGAAAAUACCCAACUGGUUUGAGGACUAAUAGGGCUACAGAAGCUGGUUAUUGGAAAGCCACUGGAAAAGAUAAGGAAAUAUACAGAGGAAAAUCACUGGUUGGGAUGAAGAAAACCCUUGUUUUCUACAAGGGUAGAGCCCCAAAAGGAGAGAAAACCAACUGGGUCAUGCAUGAAUACAGAUUGGAGGGUAAAUUGUCAGUGCACAAUCUCCCCAAAACUGCAAGGAAUGAAUGGGUUAUAAGUAGGAUAUUUCAAAAGACUUCUGGGGGGAAGAAAAUCCAUAUUAGUGGGAUAGUGAGAUUGGGGACUGAAUUGGAUCCUUCAAAUCUUCCACCAUUAAUGGAUUCUUCUCCAUAUACAGGCAAGACCCAAUCUGUUUCUGAAUCGGCUUACGUGCCCUGCUUCUCCAACUUCAUGGAUGCUCAAAGAAACCAAGAAGGAAUGAUGAAUUCCCUCAACAAUUCUCUUUCUGGAGUUUCCUCGUAUCGCACCGAUAUUCUUCCAAGAAUCCCAAUUUCAAGCUCUUACUACUCUGCUCAAACCAUUCCACUCUCUGCCAAUCAACAAUUCCCUGGCUCUGUUGCAAUGCAAGACCACUCAAUUCUUAGAGCCUUGCUUGGGAAUCAAGGCUCAAACUUGAGGCAGAGUUUCAAAACAGAGAGGGAGAUGGUUAAUGUCUCCCAUGAGACAGCUAUGACAACUGACAUGAACGCCGAAAUCUCUUCGGUCGUAUCAAAUCUUGAAAUGGGUAGGAGGCCAUUUGAUAAUCAAGAGGCCCCAUCAACCUCAGCUGGGCCAGUAGACCUUGACAACUUGUGGAGUUAUUGAAACCCCAAAUGACAGCAUUAGAAGAAGAUGAAAUUUAAGGUAAAAAAAGAAAAGAACAAACAAAAAAAAAAAAGAGGGAAGUGUUACUUCAAUUACCACUAUAUAUUGCUUUGGAUUGAUGUGUGGAUCUGUGUAUAAAUUUUCUGAAUCCUUAAGGGAAAAACAUAUGCCAUGUUUUGUAAGAUAUUAUAUUCCAUUUGCAAGUGCUUUCUUUUUUGAAUA